GGGCCAGGGGCAGGCGUCUGCCCAAGGCGCGGCGGCGGGCCGGGGCUGAGGGCCCUGAUGCGGCUGCGGCCGCUCCGCCGCCGGGAGAGGCCCCGCCCCGGCGCCGGGCCCCAUGCACCCCAGAAUGAAUGAAAUGAACUUGAGUCCGGUAGGGAUGGACCAACUGACCUCGUCCUCUGUGAGCAAUGCCCUGCCAGUCUCAGGGAAUCACCUGGGAUUGGCAGCAUCACCCACUCACAAUGCCAUACCAGCACCAGGCUUGCCUGUUGCAAUUCCAAACUUGGGCCCCUCCUUGAGUUCCUUGCCCUCUGCUCUGUCUCUGAUGCUCCCAAUGGGUAUUGGGGAUCGAGGAGUGAUGUGUGGUAUACCAGAGAGAAACUACACCCUACCUCCGCCACCAUACCCUCACCUGGAGAGCAGCUAUUUCAGACACAUUCUACCUGGUAUCUUAUCUUACUUGGCUGACAGACCUCCGCCUCAGUACAUCCACCCCAAUGCUAUCAAUGUCGAUAGCAACCCAGCGUUGUCAGUCUCCAGCAAUCCCUCGGCCCUGGAUCCCUACCAGCCCAACGGGACUGUGGGGCUGGAGCCAGGGAUCGUCUCCAUGGACUCCCGCGCAGUAAAUGCGCACGGCGCUCAGAACCUGCAUCCUGGCGACAGCCACGAGGUCGCGCUGGAUACUGCCAUCACCAUGGAGAGCGUUUCCAGGGUCACCAGCCCCAUCUCUACAGAUGGGAUGACAGAGGAGCUCACGAUGGACGAUGUGGCUGGGGAUCACGCGCAAAUCCCCAACGGCUCCCGGAGCCACGAGCCUUUAGCCGUAGACGCGGUGGGGAGUAACUUGGCGUCGGACGCAGUGGGACACGGCGGUGUCAUUCCCAUUCACGGUAGCACUUUGGAACUCCCUGUUGUCAUGGAGCCCGACCACAUGGCCGGGCGGGUGACGGGAAUAUCGGACAGCACACUAAAUGACUCCAUUCAUACUGUGGCCAUGAGCACCAACUCCGUGAGUGUGGCGCUCUCUACCUCACACAACCUCGCUUCCCUGGACUCGGUAGCCUUGCACGAAGUGGGCCUCAGCCUCGAGCCGGUGGCGGUAUCUUCCAUAAAUCAGGAAGUAGCCAUGGGGCCAAGCCAUGUGGAUGUGUCUGCAGACAAUCUGGCCUUCGUACCAUCCUCCCUGCAAAUGGAAGACUCCAAUUCAAACAAGGAGAACAUGGCAACCUUGUUCACCAUAUGGUGCACACUGUGUGACAAGGCAUAUCCAUCGGACUGCCCAGAUCAUGGACCUGUCACCUUUGUCCCUGACACGCCGAUAGAGAGCCGAGCCAGGCUUUCCCUCCCGAAGCAGCUUGUCCUCCGGCAGUCCAUCAUGGGAGCUGAAGCGGAUUCUGGUCUUCUACUGAUAGGUGUGUGGACACGAGAAACCAUUCCCGUCAGGACUUGUUUUGGACCUUUGAUUGGGCAGCAGAGCCAUUCACUGGAGGUGGCCGACUGGACAGACAAAGCAGCCAGUCACAUCUGGAAGAUCUAUCACAGUGGCGUCCUGGAGUUCUGCGUCAUUACAGCUGAUGAAAAUGAAUGUAACUGGAUGAUGUUUGUACGCAAAGCCAGGAACCGUGAGGAGCAGAAUCUGGUAGCUUAUCCUCAUGAUGGAAAAAUUUACUUUUGCACCUCUCGAGACAUCCCACCUGAACACGAGCUUCUCUUCUACUACAGUCGGGACUACGCGCGACAGCUUGGUGUCCCUGAACAUCCAGAUGUGCACAUCUGCCACUGCGGGAAGGAAUGCGCUUCCUAUGCGGACUUCAAGGCCCAUUUGAGCAGCCAUAUUCACAACCACCUCCCCAGUCAGGGGCACAGCAGCAGCCACGGGCCAGGCCACGGCAAGGAAAGGAAGUGGAAGUGCUCCAUGUGUCCCCAGGCCUUCAUCUCCCCUUCCAAGCUCCAUGUCCACUUCAUGGGGCACAUGGGCAUGAAGCCGCACAAGUGCGAUUUCUGUAGCAAAGCUUUCAGUGAUCCCAGCAACUUACGGACACACCUCAAGAUACACACAGGUCAGAAGAACUACCGCUGCACCCUCUGCGACAAGUCCUUCACGCAGAAGGCUCACCUGGAGUCGCACAUGGUCAUCCACACCGGUGAGAAGAACCUCAAGUGCGAUUACUGCGAGAAGCUCUUCAUGCGGAGGCAGGACCUCAAGCAGCACGUCCUCACUCACACACAAGAACGGCAGAUCAAGUGUCCCAAGUGUGACAAGCUGUUUCUGAGGACAAAUCACCUGAAGAAGCAUCUCAAUUCACAUGAAGGAAAGAGGGACUAUGUCUGUGAAAAAUGCUCCAAGGCUUAUCUAACCAAAUAUCACCUUACUCGCCACUUAAAAAUAUGUAAAGGCCCCACAUCCAGCCUGUCAGCCCCAGAGGAGGAAGAGGAGGAGGAUUCGGAGGAGGAAUUGGACUCUAUGAGGACUGAAGACUGUAGGAUUGAGAAUGGAGUGUAUUCAACAGGCACUGCCCUCUCUGGACACAAAUGAAGAUGAGAGAGGGGGCAAUUUUCUUGGAUGUUAUAACUAGUGAAGGAAAAAGAAACCCUCUUCCUCGUUUCCCCAGACAACAGCAUCCAUCAAAUGAGGAGCUUUCCUUCUGUUUUGGACUCUGCACUACCGCCACUUCAUAAACUCUGCAGCCAAAACACUGAACCAGACUGGGCCAUGCACGUAAAAGUGAGGAGCUGCUAAGAAGGAAAGGUGAGGCAGGGAGAUAUUUCCACAUGUGCUGUGCAUCCUUCUUUCUCAAACUGCUCAGAUGAAUCCAUCCAGUGCCAGGAUCCGUGACACACCUUGCGUAGCCCUUUGAGCAAAGAGCCACAACCCAGAGUGAUUGCAGUGACGUGUAAGCCAACUGUCCUUAACUGCCACAGCCAUGACAAUAAGAGAAACAAACAAAAAAGGGUGGUGGCAGUUGAGGUACUUGCUUUUUAAUACUUUUUAAACGGAAGGGAUGUGGUUUGGCACAAAGCAAAGACUUGUUAAUGCUCAGGUUUCCUUCUAUCAAAAAAAAAUCCCAAACAAAACAAAAGAAUCAUAGAGUCACAGAAUGGUAGGGGUUGGAAGGGACCUUUAGAACUCAUCUAGUCCAACCCCCCUGCAGAAGCAGGGUCACCUAGAUCAGGUCACAUAGGAACAUGUCCUGGCGGGUCUUGAAGACCUCCAAGGAAGGAGACUCCAUACCCUCCCUGGGCAGCCUGUGCCAGGGCUCCCUCAUCCUCACAGUGAAAUAGUUUUUCUGUAUAUUUAAGUGGAACUUUCUGUGUUCCAACUUCAUCCCAUUACCCCUUGUCCUGUUGCUAGCUACAAUAGAAAGAAGGGAUGUCCUGACACCCACCAUAUUUGUAAAUGUUAAUAAGAUCUCCCUUCACAGCCCCAGUUCCCGCAGCCUUUCAAUGAAAUCAGCAUUUGCAGACAAAGCAAUUACCCCACUACAGAACAUCAAACAUUGGCUUUUGGAGAACAGUCAGUACUAGUUCCCACUCUAUAGAAUAUGGCAGCAGGUGAAGAGGUAAAGAUGGUGUAAGACUUGGUAAGGAAGAGGCUUACAGAUGAUCAGGCAGUGUUUACAGUAUAUAAUGCGUCUUGUGCUGCAAACCUUUUACCACCUGGAAUGAUGGGAGGGUUUGCUGCUAAUAUUAUUUAUGGAAUGAAGAUGUAUUUCAUUUGGUUGUUUUCUUUUGAAAAAAAUAAAGUC